AUGGCUACACCUUCAGAGGGCCCGCCGUCUAGGGACGGGCUCAGCCCGCCCGACGACGGCAUGCUCGGCCCCGGCGACACGGGCAGCACCCACGCCCAGCUGGGUCCGGACGAGCGUGAGCGCUCCCGACGCCUGGAGAACGGUGGUGACUCGUCGCGCCCGUCGCGCGAGCGCUCGCGCAACGGCUCCCGGAGGCCCAGCGGCUCGAGGGUCUGCGGGAAGUGCAGCGGACACCUGACGGGCCAGUUCGUCCGAGCAUUGGGCGACACGUACCACCUCGAGUGCUUCACCUGCCAUGAUUGCGACAAGAUUGUAGCCUCCAAGUUCUUCCCCGUGCCCGAGCAGGGGCCCAAUCAAUACCCGCUCUGCGAGACGGACUACUUCCGCCGUCUCGACCUCCUCUGCUUCUCCUGCGGCGGCGCGCUGCGCGGCUCGUACAUAACCGCCCUCGACCGUAAAUACCACAUCGAGCAUUUCACCUGCUCCGUCUGCCCCACCGUGUUCGGUGCUCAGGACAGCUACUACGAGCACGAUGGCAGCGUAUACUGCCAUUUCCAUUAUUCCACAAAAUUUGCCCAGCGGUGUAACGGCUGUCAGACGGCCAUCCUGAAGCAGUUCGUCGAGAUUUUCAGAAAUGGCCAGAACCAACAUUGGCAUCCGGAGUGCUACAUGAUUCACAAAUUCUGGAAUGUGCGCCUCCAUACGACCGGCCAGCCGGUUGUUGAGAAGGCGAUGGCGGGAGAAGAAGACACUAAUGAGCUGAGGAAAGACGUCAGGAUGGAGGAAGAGAAGAUUGAGGAGCGUGUCAACUGGAUCUGGAAGACGCUGUCGGCCUUUGAGGAGCGCUCCGCCACUUGCAUCUCCGACAUGCUGCUUCACGUCAGCAACGGCGCAUAUUUCGACGGGGUUCUGGCUGCCCGGAGAUUCAUUGUCCACAUCGAUCUUCUGUUCGACGGUGCCGACGAGCUCGACAAAGUCCUGGUCGAACAGACGCCAAAAGGCCUGUCUUACUCCCGCGAGGCGAAGCUGCUGUGUAAGAAAGUCGUGGCCUUCUUCCAGCUGCUUGCCCAAUCACAAGAUACAGGAGUACGACGAUUGGGCGUCACGCAGGAAUUGCUCUCGCUGGUCACUGGCCUCGCACACUACCUCAAGCUCUUGAUCCGCAUCUGCCUGCAGGGUGCGCUGAAGCUCGAGCGGGAGACCGGCAGCGCGUCAGGGCUCAGUGGGUUCAUGGACCAGAUCAACUCCCUCGAACCGAAGCUUGAGCAAGACGACGGCACCGAUGCCGGGAGCGACUCUGUGGCCCUUGUUCAACGAACGGCGGACACCUGUCCGGUUUGUGACAAGCCUGUCGAAGACAAAUGCUACAUGGCUAGCAAUAGGGUCUUCCAUGUCGCUUGCAUGAAGUGCCAAACCUGCGACAAAGAGCUUCGAGACCAUCACGAGGCCCGAUGGAGCCGGACGAGCGAGAAGUUGCUGUGCGCCAACGAUGCGGCAAGUGUCUCAGACGCCGAAGCCGGCUUUGUGCAAGUGACGAGGCUACGGCAAUACGUCCACCUUCUUAGGGUUGCACACGCGCGUCUUCUGGCAACUCUUCGCACGAGCGGCGCGCUUCCUCACACCUCAGACGACCCCAACUUGAUGGACUAUGAUUCCAAUUCCGGCCACCGUGUCUCCCCUGCGGGCUCCGAGCAAGCAGCAGAACCGCCGCUGCUCAGGUCGGAUACCAGAUCAAAGUCCUACACUGGCCACAACAACGAAAGGGCCACGCCCUCGUCCUACGAACAGACCCUCGGCGACAUCAGAAGAUUGCGUUCCACGCGACUCGACAAGCAUCUGUCUCAGACCAUGAAACGUGCGAGGACUUCACGGGUCAUGGAUGGUCCGGAAGGCAUCCGUCCCGGCUCUGCCAGUGACGCUCAGGGAGGCAGCGGCCCUAACAUGACGAUCGAGCAGGGACGCGACUACAACGAGACCGGACCCUUGACUUUCGGCACCAAUGGAGGCAUUGCCCUGGACGACAUUCCCCGCAUCGUCGCCGCCGAGCAGGCGAAAGACCAAAGACCAAAUGCGGCCAAGUAUGCACGCGACCACCUCGUUGGACAAGAACCAAGACCAAAGUUGGUUAACGGUCACAGGAGAGAUGUAUCAGGGGCGCAAGAGCUGGAAAAGGCUGCGGCUGGAGAGGGUCAGUACGGCAAGAAGUAUUUCUCGGAGCUCACGGCUCUGGAGUACUUCAUCGUCCGCCACGUCGCUGUGCUUUCGAUGGAACCGUUGCUGGAGGGUCACUUCAACCAGGAGGAGCUUCUGGAACUCAUCGAGAACCAGAAGCGUCCGACGUUCUGGGGCAAGUUUGGCAAGGCGUUCAAGGGCAACGAGAAGCCAAAGGGCGGGAAGAGGAAGGGCGUCUUCGGCAAGAGUUUGGAAUACGUCGUGGAAAAAGACGGCGCCGAAUCCACCGAUUGCGUAGGCCCCGGAACGCUCAAGGUCCCCGCCCUGGUUCAGGAUGCAGUGUCUGCCAUGCGUACCAUGGACAUGUCGGUGGAGGGUGUCUUCCGGAAAAACGGAAACAUCAAGCGUCUGCGAGAACUGACGGAGGAGAUCGACGCAAAGGGCGGAGAUGCCGUCGACCUGACACGUGAGAGCCCCGUGCAAGUUGCAGCACUGCUGAAGAAAUUCCUUCGUGAGCUGCCCGACCCCGUAAUGACCUUCAAGCUGCACCGGCUAUUCAUUACCGGAGCAAAGAUUCAAGAUGAGGACAAGCGAAGACGUGUGUUACAUCUCACGUGCUGCCUUAUGCCCAAGGUCCAUCGUGACACAAUGGAGGUGCUGUUCACAUUCCUCAACUGGGUAUCGUCCUUUUCCACUGUGGAUGAGGAUACCGGUAGUAAAAUGGACAUCCACAACUUGGCAACGGUCAUUGCCCCCAACAUCUUGUACUCCAGCAUGAAGAGCCCGGAUAUGGACUCUAGUUUCCUCGCAAUUGAGGCGGUACACUCCCUCAUCCAGUGCAACGAGUCCAUGUGCGAGGUCCCGGAGGAUCUCCAAUCGAUCCUGGCGGAUUCGUCCAUGUUCGACCUCAACGCCGAACUCACGACCAAAGAAAUCCUGAAGCGCGUGGGCGAGCUCGGCAAGACCCCGCAGGCCACGGUGCCGGGGCCGCAGCAGGUAAACCGCAACUCGGGCAGCCGGUCGUCUGCGCCGGUGGUCGCACGCAUCGAAUCUGAUCCGGCAUCGUACCAGGCAGAGAGCUCGGUGCGGCACGUUGGAGGGCGAAGAGACAACGGAGAGCUGGGACCGCCGCAGCCACCAUACGGGAACGCGUCGUCGGACUCGCACAGCGACCGCGGAUCGCCCAGCAGAUAUAGGGAAAACCGGUCAUCACAGUACCGGGGGCCUGGGGUGGGAGUUACCGGCGCCGGGUCUCAUAGCUCCCGCCCUCCUAGUAGCACUGCCGCCCCUUUCCUGCUGCCCGCUCUUAAGAAGCUCUCUGCGUCACGACUUCACGAUCCCAUCCUUCACCAGUCCUCCGGUCCUUCCUCCGCUUUUCGCCGCUCCGCCACCCAGGCCCAACAAUCCGCAGGCGCCGCAGUCGCCGCAGUCGCCGCAGUCGCCGCAGUCGCCGCAGUCGCCGCAGCGCAAGCCUUCGCACACCUCAGCAUGUCGUCCAUGUUCACCCUCCCCUCAAUUCGCCUACCCAGCUUCGGCCUCGGUUCCAAAGGCCCCCGCGUCGAGCUCCCGUCCGUCGAAAUCCACGAUGUCGAGACCGCCGCGGAGAAGCGGCCGCGCACGCUGAAGCACCUGCUGCGCGCAAACCACGCCAACCACAGCAUUGUGUACAAGGACGGAAGGUGUCGGAACAACACUGCUCACAUACUAGGUGCUGCCUACGUCCUCGGCGCAACGGCCGACCACAUGAACGAGAUCUACGAUAGGGAAGCUGAGCAGCUCGAGCCUUGGCAAGAUGCGCCAUGCGAAAUCGCGAAGCACGACUGGCGCGACUUUCUCGGCAAGAGAGAGUAUCAACGCGCCUUCGUCGACUUUUUCGAGGAUCAGUUGGUGCAGUACAGCUAUGACUGGAAGAAGAUGCUGGACGACUAUCUUUUUGCCGGCGAACAACCGCUGAUCAACAACAUGAUCGCUGGAUUCGGCCAUCCGCUCAUUCACCUCGGGUACGCUUUCGAACUGAAAUCCCGCACGCUCGCGAUCGAGGCGCUCGCAUUCAGCACCUGCUACUACAACUUCAUGCACCGCUACCUCGACGACGCCAAGUACACCCGCGCUCCGACCAACCCGACGACGUCCCUCGCGGAGAUUCUGAAGCGCGUCGCGGCGGACAAGCGCUUCGACGGUAUAUUCGACAGCCCCGGUGGUGCGAACGUGGAGACCUUGUUCGAUUUAAAGGAAGAGGCUGUGCUGGAACACUGGAACAACUGGCAGAUUUAUGGUUACAACAGUAGCAGCAGCAGCGGCAGCUCGAGCCCCACUGGCACCACAAGCCCGACCAGCCCACGCGAGAGGAUCACUUUUACGGAGCAGUUCCUCGAAGCGCAGAAGCUGGUGGUUGCGUUGCUCAUGGCGAAGAGCAGCGGUGACAGAAAGAGACGGUACGACUUUUAUGCCACGCAGCUGGUGACGGCGAGCCACGCCGUGCGGGUGCUGCUCCCGUUGAUUCCAACAAAGUUCCACGUUCCGCUGGUGAGGCAAUGGUGGCUGUUCGUGCUCUCCACGUACAUUGCGCAAUUGCGCCCCAAGGUUGACGUUGUGGCGUUCGAUAACGAAGACCUGGAAGAGGGCAGAGGCUGGAGCGAUGUGCAGAGCUGCGCGCUGAAGGGACGCUUCUGCUUGGACGGAAACUACGUCAAAGCGAUCCGCGCCAUGCAAGACGCAGCGAAGACUUGGCCUGACGACAAGCGCUUCUUCUUGAAGGCGGCGGUGCGUUUCUCGACCGAGUUCGACGGGUGGGGAGGGUUCGGGGCGUUUGGCGACGAGGACGUGCGCCUCCACACGCGCACCCGCCAAACCAGCAUCGUGGGAGAUCUGGGCGAAGAAGCCUACCGCGCGGGCGGUGGCAGGAGGACCAGCAUCAUUGACCAACCUGGUGUUGGUGGCAUAGCUGGUCCCGGCAGACGAACUAGCUGGGCACCGACGUUUACCACUAGUGGAAGUGAGGGAAGCAGCCGAAGAAGCUCCUAG